AUGGUGCUGUCCCCUGAGGAAGUGCACGAGAUUGUCUCUAUCAUCGCUGCUGAGGAGAAUCUCAGGGUGACAGUGAGCGAAUCCCUGAAGGGAGGUCUGAAGGUGGGCCUGUGUGCUGCUGCGGGUGGUUUGGUAUUGGGCCCGCCUGGUUUUGCUAUCGGUGGAGUAAUAGGUGGUAUAUACGCUACGUGCACGUCGGCGAAGUUCAAGCCUGUGCACCAAGUCCUUGGCGAGAUGUCGCCGGCUCAGAGACAACUGCUGCAGCGCCGUUUUCUGGAUGCAACGAGGCAAAUCAGCUACAGCGAUGCUGCCAUGCUGUUGAGCAUGGUGGCCGGGGAUGCUGGCCUCAAACUCAUACUUAUCAACUUGGUAAAGGAUUUCCUUUGGCACGAGUUGAAACAGAAGGUUGCGUAG